AUGACCUCUGCCUCAGAGCUCACCUGCAUCUACUGGGCACACUGUGACGAAGUGACGGUGACGGCUCUGGCCCAUGUCAACAUCGGGAGCCUCAUCUGCAAUGUAGGGGCUGGUGGGCCUGCUCCAGCAGCAGGUGCUGCCCCAACAGGAGGUCCUGCCCCUCCAUCCUGUGCCCCAGCUGAGGAGAGGACAGUGGAAGCGAAGAAAGAAGAAUCGGAUGAUGACAUGGGCUUUGGUCUUUCUGAAUAA